CUUUAUUAUUGCUGUAAACGUUGGUUUGAUUUAAUAAUAAUACUAUAAUACAAAAUAAAGAAAAUGUAUUUUUCGUCCAUUAUUUUACUUUGUAUUUCAGUGGUUAUUAAAACUAAUGCUAAAAGUUUGAAUUUAUCCAAUUUCUCGAGUUCUGUACCUGAUGAUUAUAUAACACUAAAUAAUGGCAUCAAAAUGCCAAUUCUGGGAAUGGGAACGGGAAGCAAAGAAUUUACACGCGAUUUGGUGUAUAAAACGGUUAAAAACGGCAUCGAUGCUGGCUUUCGACACAUCGAUUCGGCUUAUUUUUAUGGCUCUGAGCCUGAAGUCGGAUCAGCCAUUAUUGAGAAGAUAGCGGAGGGCAAGAUCAAGAGAGAAGAUGUCUUCGUCACCACAAAGAUUUGGAAUACGUUUCACUCGAGUGCCAGAGCUUCCGAAGCCAUACAAAUGUCAUUCACUAAUUUGAAUAUUAAAUACAUAGACUUAUUGCUCAUGAAUUGGCCGAUGGGAUAUCAAGAGGGACCAGAUAUGGAGCCAAUGGAUCCAUACCACCAUAUCAUUCCGUCGCCAAUUGAUUAUAUCGACACCUGGAAGGAAAUGGAGGCCGCCGUGAGAGAUGGUAGGGUCAAGUCAAUAGGGGUUUCCAACUUCAAUAGCAAACAAAUUACAAGAUUACUUGAAUUCGCGACAAUCAAACCCGUUAUCAAUCAGAUUGAAAGCCACCCGACUUUGACUCAAAAGCUAUUAAUAGAUUUCUGUCAUCAGAAAGGCAUUAAUGUGACCGCUUAUAGUCCGUUAGGUGAGGGCAAACUCAUGGAAAAGCCAGAUCUCGUCAAGAUUGGCAGCAGUCAUGGCAAAAGUACGGCACAAGUUAUGAUCAGAUAUCAGAUCCAGAGGGGAGUGGCUGUUAUCCCCCGUUCCCUAAAUAAGCAACAUUUGGUCGAAAACUUUAAUGUAUUUGACUUUACAUUAACUCCGGCGGAGAUGACGACCAUAGAUAACAUGAAUCGUAAUGUGCGAUACUAUUUGGAGCAAGCUGCAGAGAAGCAUGAAUAUUACCCAUUUUCCGACCCAUAUUAAAGGUCACAAAAUCAGUGUAGUCGUUCAUUUGACCUACAAUACAAUACCUAUAAUAUAUCAUCUUACCCAAUCUAUAACGGUUCCGACCAUCAUAUCACUGUAUAUGAUAUAUGGUCGGAAUCAGCUCAAUGAGUAGAUUAAGAAAUUAUCUUCUUUGACCAUGGAGGAAUAUUAGUUGAUCCAGAUUAAGAAGUGAAUUUCUUAUCCUACUCAUUGAGCAAUGAUUCGAUGAUCGGAACCGUUAAUAUUUUAGUAUUUUAGGUAUUGUAGGUCAAAUGAACGUAGGUAAUAUCAUAGACAACCAUUAAAGGCAUUAUACUGUAAAAACUCUUAUUAUUUGAUACAAUCAAAAAAAUCAUAAAAAAUCAUUUCAUUCAAAAAUAGAUUAUAUAAAAACUUU